UUCACUACAGGAAAUUGCUCAAAGACGUCAGCAAAAAAGGCGAAACUAAUGUUGUUCUUGACGUUCCAGCCUCCAGAAUAGCAGAAAUAUUGACCUUAGCUCAUGCUUUUGGAAUGAUGACAGAGUAUCAUAAUUAUUUUAUUACAUCUUUGGACUUGCACACGAUAGAUUUACAAGAUUUUCAGCACGGCCGAGCGAACAUCACUGGUUUUAGACUAGUUCAGCCUUCAAAAACGUCUGGAGUGUACGUGCCCCGAGAGUGGCUGUUGGGCGAUAUAUAUUAUGGUCGACUCAGCAAAAAGAUGCCUCCUGUGAAGACUCACGUGGCCUUGUUAUACGACUCAAUAAACGUUCUCACUGAGGCAUUGCAGAAGUUAAAUGAAUCAAUCAGAUUCAACAGCCGAUCAUGUUCCAAGCUACAGCCAUGGCCUCAGGGCCGAUAUCUGCUGAACUACCUCAAAACGACAACGUACGACGGAAUGACAGGUUACAUAAAAUUUGACAGGGGAGGAUUGAGGACAAAUUUUGUUUUGGAUGUUUUGGAGCUUAAACGGAAUGGAUUGUCAAAGGUAGGAAUUUGGGAUUCUUCAAAAGGAUUACAUUUCACAUGGAACUAUACGAUAGCUUACGCAGAAGUGAUUCAAUCCUUAAGGAAUAGGACAUUAAAAGUUACCACCAUUCUGAACCCGCCCUACAUGAUGAUUAAAAAGCAAGAUGAGAAGUCCAAAGGCAGUCAAGAGCAGUACGAAGGAUACUGCAUGGAUCUGUUGCGCGAAAUGUCCCGAAUCCUCGGCUUUCGCUACGAAUUACGACUCGUGCGAGAUGGUGCAUACGGGACUCGAAACGACAGGGACCAGUGGAAUGGUAUGGUCAGAGAACUAAUAGACAGAGAAGCAGAUCUCGCUGUUGCUGAUUUCACCAUAACGUAUGAACGGGAACAAGUCAUAGAUUUCACAAUGCCAUUCAUGAACCUAGGAAUUAGCAUUCUUUUUCGGAGACCGACUCGCAAAGUACCUAAACUGUUCUGGUUUCUCCGUCCUCUUAGUCUUGAGGUCUGGAUGUACAUGGCCGCUGCAUAUCUGGGCGUGAGCUUACUGCUUUAUGGGGUGUCAAGGUUCAGCCCAUACGAGUGGGCCCCGCCCCAUCCCUGUGAGGCUGUUUCUGUACGAGCUUGCAGGAAUUGCUUUUCCAUUCAAAACAGCCUUUGGUUUACAAUAGGUUCCUUGAUGAGACAAAGCUCUGAACUGCAACCGAGGGCAACAUCAACUCGAGUUGUUGCAGCAACUUGGUGGUUUUUUACGUUAAUUAUGAUAUCCUCGUAUACAGCAAACCUAGCAGCUUUUCUGACAGUUGAAAGGAUGAAAUCUCCUAUUGAAAGUGCCGACGACCUUGCAAAACAAACGAGAAUACAUUAUGGUUGUGUUGCAUCAGGGUCUACAAAGGCGUUUUUCAAGAAUUCUGAGAUUCCUGUUUACGAAAAGAUGUGGUCUUUUAUGGAGGGUGCAAGGCCAUCGGUUUUCACGCCAUCCAAUGCAGAAGGGGUUCAAAGGGUUCUUCAAGGAAACUACGCUUUCCUCAUGGAAUCCACUUCCAUUGAGUACGAAACACAAAGGAACUGCGAGCUCACUCAGAUUGGAGGACUUCUGGACACAAAAGGAUAUGGGUUCGCUACGCCGCAAGGGUCCCCAUACACCACGCCGUUCUCGAGUGUUAUACUACGGCUUCAAGAAGAUGGAUUUCUGCAGGACCUUAAAGACCGAUGGUGGAUUCCCAAAGGAGAACCAUGUCCUCCAGAAGAGAAGAAAGUGGGUAAAGUGACAAACGAGCUUAGCCUUGUCAACGUAGGAGGAAUAUUUCUCGUUCUUUUGGCUGGAACAGGCAGUUCUUGCGUCCUCGUAGUAAUAGAAUUUAUAACGAAGACAAGAAACAGAAGGAAAAGAAGACGGAGAUAGUAAGCACUACAAUCCUAUGUACGGAUAUCUAAAGUUUAAACUGCCG